UCAAUUCAAAUACCCACAGCACCACAAUGAAAUAUCUUCAAGUUUUUUUGCCACUGCUCCUUGUUGGCUUAUUCACAUUGAAGGUAUGCAGGGCUCAAACCUCAAAUACUGACGCUACUAGUUCUGCUCUACCUAGCAGUUAUUACGAUACAACAAGUAGUAAUGGUACCGCUAAGAAAGUUAGCGGCAGUCUCCGUUACACAGCUAUAAGGCGCAUAUCACUAAAUAAUCCAAGCAGUAGUAGCAGCACUCGCAAUAACAAUAGGAGAGGCAAUAGGAGAGGUAACAGAAGAAACAACAGAUCACGUAAUCGUAAUAACAGGGGUAAUAUUAAUGUGCGCGUUGGAUAAGCUUUUGGAAUAUUCUAUACCUAGAAAAUAUUAUAAAUGUCUUGUUAUUGAAAUUGUUCAUGUCCUUAUGGUUUAUCGAUGAUUCAUAAA